AUGGCUCUCACUCGCAUCUUCUUUACAGCCUCUUUGCUUCUUUUCCCGUUGCUUAUCGUUGCCUCUGCUGGUGAUUACGGUUAUAGCACCAACCCUGGGAGUGACAAACCAAAGUCUCAAGGUCACGAUUCUCAAUCGUAUGUUGAGAAGUCGAAAUCUGAGAUAACGGGUUACAGUUCCAAGGUAGAAGAUAAUGGUUACGACUUCAAACAACACGUUGAGAAGUUUAAGUCUGAGGAUAAGGGUUAUGAUUCUAAGCCAGAAGGUAAUGGUUAUGGUUCCAAACCAUAUUCUGAGGAGUCAAAGCCAGAGGAUAAAGGUUAUGAUUCCAAGCCAGAAGCUAACGGCUAUGACUCUAAACUGUACGUUGAGAAAUCAAAACAUGAGGAAAAAGGUUACGAUUCCAAGCCAAAUGUUAAUGGUUAUGGAUCCAAACCAUAUGUUGAGAAGUCAAAAUCUGAGGAAAAGGAUUACGAUUCAAAGCCAGAAGCUAAUAGUUAUGGUUCCAAGCUAUAUGUUGAGAAGUCAAAACAUGAGGAAAAUGGUUAUGCUUCUAAGUCAGAAGGAAAUGGUUAUGGUUAUAAAGUGUACGUUGAGAAAUCGAAAGAUUCAAAAAAGGGAUACGAUUCCAAGCCAGAAGGUAACAGUUAUGGCUCUAAUUUGUACGUUGAGAUCUCAAAACACGAGGAAAAAGGUUACAAUUCGAAGCAAAUCGUUAAUGGUUAUGCCACCAAACCAUAUGUUGAGAAAUCAAAGUUUGAGGAAAAAGGUUACGAUUCAAAGGCAAAAGACAAUAGUUAUGGUUUCAAGGAAUAUGCUGAGAAGUCAAAGCAUGAGGAAAAGGGUUACGAUUCUAAGCCAGAAGGUAAUGGUUAUGGAUCCAAAUCUAAGGAUAAUGAAUAUGUUUCCAAGUCAGAAGGAAAUGGUUAUGGUUCAAAACCAAAACGUUUUGACUUUGGUCGUAAAUCAGCACCACCAACUGGUUACUAA